AUGGAUCAUUGCUAUGACGCCCAGCAGAGCAACGACUACAUGCAGCCCGAGGAGGAUUGGGAUCGGGAUCUCCUGCUCGAUCCCGCCUGGGAGAAGCAGCAGAGGAAGACGUUUACAGCCUGGUGCAACUCUCACCUACGCAAGGCCGGCACGCAGAUCGAGAACAUCGAGGAAGAUUUCCGGGAUGGGUUGAAGCUGAUGCUGCUGCUGGAAGUCAUUUCAGGUGAACGCCUAGCCAAGCCAGAGAGAGGCAAGAUGCGAGUGCACAAGAUCUCCAAUGUGAACAAGGCCUUGGACUUCAUCGCCAGCAAAGGGGUCAAGCUGGUGUCCAUUGGAGCCGAAGAAAUUGUGGACGGGAAUGCCAAAAUGACCCUGGGGAUGAUCUGGACCAUCAUCCUUCGCUUUGCCAUCCAGGAUAUCUCAGUGGAAGAGACAUCUGCCAAGGAAGGGUUGCUGUUGUGGUGUCAGAGGAAGACGGCCCCCUACAAAAACGUGAACAUCCAGAACUUCCACAUCAGUUGGAAGGACGGCCUGGGAUUCUGCGCCCUGAUCCACCGUCACCGCCCGGAACUGAUCGAUUACGGGAAGCUGAGGAAGGAUGACCCGCUCACGAACCUGAACACAGCAUUUGAUGUGGCAGAAAAAUACCUGGACAUCCCAAAGAUGUUAGAUGCUGAAGACAUUGUCGGCACGGCCCGGCCCGACGAGAAAGCCAUCAUGACCUACGUGUCUAGCUUCUACCACGCCUUCUCGGGAGCCCAGAAGGCAGAGACGGCGGCCAAUCGCAUCUGCAAGGUGCUGGCGGUGAACCAGGAGAACGAGCAGCUGAUGGAGGACUACGAGAAGCUGGCCAGUGAUCUUCUGGAGUGGAUCCGGCGGACGAUCCCGUGGCUGGAGAACCGGGCCCCGGAGAACACCAUGCAGGCCAUGCAGCAGAAGCUGGAGGACUUCCGGGAUUAUCGCCGUCUGCACAAGCCCCCCAAGGUGCAGGAGAAGUGCCAGCUGGAGAUCAACUUCAACACACUGCAGACCAAGCUGAGGCUCAGCAACCGGCCCGCCUUCAUGCCCUCUGAGGGCAAGAUGGUUUCUGACAUCAGCACGGCCUGGGGCGGGCUGGAGCAGGCCGAGAAGGGCUACGAGGAGUGGCUGCUGAAUGAGAUCCGCAGGCUGGAGCGGCUGGACCACCUGGCGGAGAAGUUCCGGCAGAAGGCCUCCAUCCACGAGGCCUGGACUGACGGCAAAGAGGCCAUGCUGCAGCAGAAGGACUAUGAGACAGCCACCCUGUCAGAGAUCAAAGCUCUGCUGAAGAAGCACGAGGCCUUUGAGAGCGACCUGGCCGCCCAUCAGGACCGGGUGGAGCAGAUCGCCGCCAUCGCCCAGGAGUUAAACGAGCUGGACUACUACGACUCUCCCAACGUGAAUGCCCGCUGCCAGAAGAUCUGCGACCAGUGGGAUAGCCUGGGGGCUCUGACCCAGAAGCGGAGGGAAGCCUUGGAGCGGACAGAGAAGCUUCUGGAGACCAUAGACCAACUGUACCUGGAGUAUGCCAAACGAGCUGCCCCCUUCAACAACUGGAUGGAGGGGGCCAUGGAGGACCUGCAGGACACCUUCAUAGUGCACACCAUCGAGGAGAUCCAGGGGCUGACCACUGCCCACGAGCAGUUCAAGGCCACCCUCCCCGAUGCUGACAAGGAACGGCAGGCCAUCCUGGGCAUCCACAACGAGGUGACCAAGAUCGUCCAGACCUACCACGUCAACAUGGCGGGGACCAACCCCUACACCACCAUCACCCCUCAGGAGAUCAACGGCAAAUGGGACCACGUGCGGCAGCUGGUGCCCCGGCGGGACGAGGCCCUUAUGGAGGAACACGCCCGCCAGCAGCAGAACGAGCGGCUGCGGAAGCAGUUCGGUGCCCAGGCCAACGUCAUCGGGCCCUGGAUCCAGACCAAGAUGGAGGAGAUCGGCCGCAUCUCCAUCGAGAUGCACGGCACUCUGGAAGACCAGCUAAACCACCUGCGGCAGUACGAGCAGAGCAUCGUCAACUACAAGCCCAAGAUUGACCAGUUGGAGGGCAACCACCAGCAGAUCCAGGAGGCCCUCAUCUUCGACAACAAGCACACCAACUACACCAUGGAGCACAUCCGGGUGGGCUGGGAGCAGCUCUUGACCACCAUCGCCAGAACCAUCAACGAGGUGGAGAACCAGAUCCUGACCCGCGACGCCAAGGGCAUCAGCCAGGAGCAGAUGAAUGAGUUCCGGGCCUCGUUCAAUCACUUUGACAGGGAUCACUCCGGCACGCUGGGUCCCGAGGAGUUCAAAGCCUGCCUCAUCAGCUUGGGUUACGAUAUUGGCAACGACCCCCAGAAGAAGACGGGCAUGAUGGACACGGAGGACUUCCGGGCUUGCCUUAUCUCCAUGGGUUACAACAUGGGAGAGGCUGAGUUCGCCCGGAUCAUGAGCAUCGUGGACCCGAACCGCCUGGGCGUGGUGACCUUCCAGGCCUUCAUCGACUUCAUGUCCCGGGAGACGGCCGACACCGACACAGCCGACCAGGUCAUGGCCUCCUUUAAGAUCCUGGCCGGCGACAAGAACUACAUCACCGUGGACGAGCUGCGCCGGGAGCUGCCACCUGACCAGGCCGAGUACUGCAUUGCUCGGAUGGCGCCUUACUCGGGCCCCGAUGCCGUGCCCGGCGCCCUAGACUACAUGUCCUUCUCCACAGCGCUCUAUGGCGAGAGUGACCUUUAACCCCCCUACCCUCUCCCACCCCAUCCCCUCUCCUCCAGAUGCACCUUUCUUUCUGUAUGCAAUGCAAGCCCCCCGCUCCGCCUCCUCUGCGGCCCCCCGCCCCCUGGUUCCCUCACCCCCGGUCCCCCCCAGCACCCCCACCCACCCCGGGCCCAAUGUUCGUGUCAGGCUGGGAUGCCCUCCAGAGCCUCCUCUGCCCUCUGAAGUGACAGUUUACAAAAUUAUUUUCUGCAAAAAAGAAAAAAAAAAUUACGUUGAAAAAAACACAUAUUUUAUUAUAAAAGAUAAAGGUAUUUUUCUCUGCCAGACUGAUAACGAAGACGAGAGGAAAAUUCAGCUAUUUGCACCCAAAUGUCUUGUUUGUCGCAGUUUGGGAAAUCCCCGAAAAGGCCUGUCGUACAUUACAUUCCGUCCUGGUGUCCGCUGCAGCCUCUUUCUUCUGUCAUGUCCAUCUCUUUUUCUCGCGUGGCAUCCAUCUGGGGGACGGGUCUGGGGGCGGGGGGAGGGUGGAGGGUUCGAUGGUGGGGAAGGGGAAGCCUUUUCAUUGACACACCGGGUGCAUUGUGUUCGCUAGCUCACUUGUUUCCUGAACUAUUUUAUGAUAUAAAAAAAAAAACCACAAACUUUUGAAAUGGCUGUUUUUUAGGAAAGGGAAAUAGUUUGGCUCGUCUUUUCAUAUUUAAUUCCUGAGGUGUGACGAUCGGCUGGCUUCCUUAUCAGUGCACAAAAUGUUUUUUUAAUUAUUUUAACGUAACCUAUUAUUCCAAAUGGUUGUGGUUCCAAGAUAUGGAACUUUGAGAGUGGAAGACUUUGAUAUUGCUUGUCACAAAUCAUAUUAAAGAGACGUUCUUGUGAUAA